UAAACCGGAAAUUGAUACCUGGACUAUCUUGACGCACUGACCAGGGUCAGUCCUGUAAAACUUCAUCAGCGCUUCUCUGGUCGGACUGGUUUUCUUUGUCUCGUAGCGAUGGAGAGGAAAGUUGCCCGAGAAUUUAGGCACAAGGUGGAGCUGCUGAUUGAAAAUGAGGCAGAGAAGGAUUACCUUUACGAUGUUCUCCGGAUGUAUCACCAGUCCAUGGAUUUGCCAGUGCUGGUUGGAGACCUGAAAUUGGUUAUCAAUGAACCAAAACGACUGCUGCUCUUCGACACUAUCCGACCUCUGAUCCCGCUCAAACACCAAGUGGAGUAUGACCAGCUCACGCCCAAGAGGUCGCGGAAGCUUAAAGAGGUCCGUUUGGAUCGAACACACCGAGACGGACUGGGUCUCAGUGUUAGAGGGGGACUAGAGUUUGGCUGCGGGCUCUAUAUUUCACAGAUUGUCAAAGAUGGACAAGCUUAUAAUGUCGGCCUUCAGGUGGGUGAUGAGAUUGUGCGAAUCAAUGGCUACUCCAUCUCCUCCUGCAUCCAUGAGGAGGUCAUCAGCCUCAUCAAGAUCAAGAAGAUUGUAUCACUCAAAGUUCGCCAUGUGGGAAUGAUCCCUGUAAAAAGCUCUUCUGAUGAACCCCUCAAGUGGCAGUUUGUGGACCAGUUUGUGUCCGAGUCCGGGGAGAAGAGAAGCAGCUUGGCUGGCUUGAUGUCUAUUGGUGGAAAGGAGAUCAAGGAGAAGAAGGUUUUUCUUAGUCUCGUGGGUACCAAGGGUAUGGGCAUAAGCAUCUCAAGCGGUCCAACCCAGAAACCUGGUAUCUACAUCAGCAACGUGAAGCCAGGCUCCCUCGCUGCAGAAGUUGGACUUGAGGUUGGAGACCAGAUUGUGGAAGUGAAUGGAGUGGAUUUCACCACUGUGGACCACAAAGAGGCUGUGAAAGCCCUGAAGAGCAGCAGAAGUCUGACAAUCACAGUUCUGACAGGAGCUGGAAGGGAGCUGUUUAUGACAGACGAGGAGCGCCUUGCAGCCAAGACCCGCCGGGAGUUAGACAGGCAGGAGCUGAUGCAUCAGAAGAAGGUUGCAUUGGAGACCAACAAAAUCAUUAAAGAACAGCAGGAGAAGGAGAGACAGAGAAAGCUGGAGAUCUCCCAUAAAGUAGAUGAGGAAGAGGAGCGCUAUAGGAAUGAGAUGGAAAAUAUUGAAGCUGCAGAAAGGAAACAUGAUAGAGAAUGGGAGGAGGACUGGGGAUCCAGAGACAGAUCAAAGAGUCCCCGCUCCCCAAAAAGCCCUGAGAUGAAAACCAGCCCAAAUGCAAAGACCAAGAGUUCACUUUAUGGAGCCAGCUCCUUCGCAGACGAAUAUGAGGAUGAUGAGCAGGACAGCGAAGGAUUUCAGAAAUAUGUGGAUGACUUCGAUCCUUACUCCAUGUUCUCCUCAGACCAGAUAAAUGACAGAGAUGUGAGACUGUUGAGAAUCAAAAAGGUAGGGCAACUUGACUUGGCUCUGGAGGGAGGAGCAGACUCUCCUCUUGGAAAAUUGGUGAUAUCAUCUGUUUAUGACGGCGGUGCAGCUGAUAAGCACGGAGGGAUUGUUCCAGGAGAUGAACUUAUGGCUGUGAAUGGGAAGAUCCUGAUCGAUGCUACUUUGGAUGAGGGACAAAACUCUCUGGCUCGGGCUUGGAAUAGUGGAGGGGACUGGAUCGAUGUUGUGAUUGCUGUGUCCCCGCCAAAGGAUUAUGAAGAUGAAGUGACGUUCUUCUGAUGUCGUCAUCCACCUGCCAUGAAAACCCGAUGUAAUAAGAGGAAGCUUCUCCUCCAUCCACAUCUGAAUGGGAAGAUUGAGAGCCUAUUUGUGCUUUUGCUGCUUUGUCGCCCUUCAAGGCUGAUCCAGUUGUCUUUUAGACUGACGUUGUACUUCCAAUAGUAAUUUUCUCUGUCUUGUUUUGUCAAUGGAUUGUCCAAUCAGUAAUCGUUUUUUUUCCUGCUUAGCUCUUUCCUUCUGCAAAGACUGGAAAUAAUUGACCUCAUUUACAAAGUGAUGAGCAUGCUGAUGUUCUGCUAACAUCUGUCAGUAUACGAAUGAAGGAUGAGUUCGAUUAAUUAAACUGUAAUCGAUACCGGAUUCAGAAUUUCCUUCUCCUUGGCCUAAUAAAGGACUUGUCAGAUGAAGAA